CAGACAGCGACAGAAGAAGAUGAUCUCAGCCUGGCGCCGGCCUCCCGAAUGCGGAGGGCUUCAGCAGCAGUUUUUAACUUCAGCAUGGAAGGGUUGCGAGGUGUGAAUGGCACGGCGCAGGUCAAUCCCCAGAGCUCCAGUGAAGAGUUGUCAUGGUCCAAGCAAUGGGCUCUGGCUGCAGUCUUCACCGUGAUCAUCCUCAUCAUUGUGGUGGGCAACCUAUUGGUGAUUCUGGCUAUCGCCAAGAACCCGCGGCUCCAGACCCUCACCAAUGUGUUCAUUACCUCACUGGCGUGUGCAGACCUGAUCAUGGGCGUUUUCGUGGUUCCACUGGGGGCCACGAUCGUGGUGACUAACAAGUGGCUCUUGGACUCUCCUUUCUGCGAGUUUUGGACCUCUGUGGAUGUGCUGUGCGUCACGGCCAGUAUUGAGACCCUCUGCGUAAUUGCCAUCGACAGGUACAUCGCCAUUACUUCACCCUUGAGAUACAUGAGCCUGUUGACCAAAGCGCGGGCCAGGGCGAUUGUGUGUCUGGUCUGGGCCAUCUCGGCCCUGAUCUCCUUCUUGCCCAUCAUGAACCAUUGGUGGGAGGACUCGGAUCCUUUGGCCCAGCAGUGCUACAGGGAGCCCACCUGCUGUGACUUCGUGACCAAUUGGCCUUACGCCAUCCUGUCGUCCACCAUCUCCUUCUACAUCCCGCUGGUGGUCAUGAUCCUCCUGUACUCCAAGGUCUUCAGCGAGGCCAAGAAGCAGGUGAAGAAGAUGAAGAGGAACAAACCGAGGAUAGGUGACAGCCAGCAGCAAAACAAAGGCAACAAAAGGAGACCUUCUAAGCUGCUGGCUCUGAAAGAUCACAAAGCCCUAAAGACGCUAGGGAUCAUCAUGGGGACCUUUACGCUCUGUUGGUUGCCGUUCUUCCUGGCCAACAUCGUGCAAGUCUUGUUCAGGAACCGGAUUCCGAGGACACUGUUUCUCUUCUGCAACUGGCUGGGGUAUGUGAACUCUGGCUUUAACCCCUUCAUCUACUGCCGGAGCUCUGACUUCAGAAAAGCCUUCAAGGAGAUCCUAUGUCUCGGCAGUACAGUCCAAGAGCCCGGACUCCAAGAUUCCAACCCUUACUGCCCGUGCGCUUUCGGCUGGCCCAACUCCAUCCGAGCGCCUCCCGGGGUCGAGAAGCCCCCCGAGAGCUCCAACAGCAGCCGGUCCAGUAAUGAGAAGGCGAACGCGACUUCCCACCAAGUCAACGGGGAUGCCCGAUGCACUUUGGAAUCGGUGCUAUGACCAGUGGGGAGUCUAAGCUCAAAGGGAAAUGCCGACCCCUUUAUUCUGUGCGUCAAUAUCACACCCGUUGAGAAAGCAGCAAAUCGUGGUCUAUUCCCCUUUUCAAUCAACAAUAAACAAGGUCAGAUUAUUUACUGCUCCACUUUCCAGCCGUUACGUCUCCAACGCCUUGUUGCAGGACCUUCACUGACAGAUCAGUUGUUUUUGCGGGGGCUGUGGGGUGGUGAUAACACAGUUUAGACAUAUAAUCUCUGAAUUGUCCAGGACAGCACAGGGUAGGAGGGAAGAAUUCCCCUUAAAACAAUGUAGACGUUUCAGACAAUUGAUAUCAACAGAGGUUUAUGGUGUGGGCUGCUGCAUCUCAGGAUUUCAGUUGCCCUUUGAAGACCAGCAUAAUACCACAGGCUCCAUCUAUAAUGUGUAAUACGCCACAUUCUGACCCCGGAUGCGCAGGGUGGCGAUAUCUAGGUUUCCUGAGAGUCCUUCUUUCGUCAGUCUGAUUCCUUCUUUCGUCAAUAUGAUUGCACUUACGGAAUGGACUGCAGGAGCGAUUUUUUUUGCACAAUUGUAAACAGUAAAAUAAGCACACAUGUCAAAUCUUAGUUCGUUCCAACGUGUGGAAACCCUAUUGCCCCGAGGCUCCCUAAAAGCUCGGCUGAAAUCAGAGAGCAACCUUUCAGA